AGGUGGGAGCUUGAUGUCUAAAUUGUUAUUGAGGUGCUGGAGUCUGUCUUGCUUUAAGUAGAAAGAGAUGAGUUACACGACGACAACUGUUGAUAGUGAUGAUGGUAUGCACUCCAGCAUCCAUAAUGAAUCACCAGCUGCUGAUAGUAUUAGCAAUGGCUGCAGAAGUAGAGGGAAAGGAAGUGUCCUGAAGAAAGGACCAUGGACUUCAACUGAAGACGGGAUUUUAAUUGAUUAUGUAAAGAAGCAUGGUGAGGGUAACUGGAAUGCUGUGCAGAAACACACAAGCCUGGCCCGUUGUGGUAAAAGCUGUCGUCUGAGAUGGGCUAAUCAUCUGAGGCCAAACUUGAAGAAAGGAGCAUUUAGCCAAGAAGAAGAACAGCUCAUUGUUGAAAUGCACGCCAAGAUGGGAAAUAAAUGGGCACAGAUGGCUGAACAUUUACCUGGUCGAACAGAUAAUGAGAUAAAGAAUUAUUGGAACACUCGUAUCAAGAGGAGACAACGUGCAGGCUUACCACUUUACCCUCCUGAAAUCCAUGUUGAAGACUUUCAGUGGAGCGAAGAGUAUACAAAGAGUAAUAUCAUAAGAGUAGAUAGAAGAAGACAUCAAGAUUUCUUGCAGUUGGGGAAUUCCAAAGCUAAUGUCUUAUUUGAUGAUCUAAAUUUUGCUGCUAGCUUGUUACCUGCCGCUUCUGACCUAUCAGAUUUGGUUACAUGCAAUAUGCUAGGAACUGGCCCAAGUUCUUCCCGGUAUGAAAGCUACAUGCCACCAAUAUUGCCUUCCCCAAAGCAAAUCUGGGAAUCUGGAUCUCGGUUUCCUAUGUGCAGCAGUAACAUAAAACAUGAAUUUCAAUCUCCGGAACACUUUCAGAAUACUGCUUCACAGAAGAAUCCCAGAUCUUGCAGUAUCUCUCCUUGUGAUGUUGAUCAUCCUCCUUAUGGAAACCAACAUUCAUCUGAUAUGAUGAUGAUUCCAGAUAGCCAUACCGUUACGUAUGGCAUGCUUCCUACUUCUAAGCCCUCAUUUGGGGCAGUGAAGCUGGAGCUCCCUUCAUUCCAAUAUUCAGAAACUAGUGCAUUUGAUCAGUGGAAGACGACACCGUCACCUCCACACUCAGAUCUCCUUGACUCUGUUGAUGCCUAUAUUCAAUCUCCACCAUCAUCGCAGGUAGAGGAGUCAGAUUGUUUCUCUUCAUGCGACACCGGCCUACUAGAUAUGUUACUUCAUGAGGCCAAGAUCAAAACUAGUGCAAAGCACAGUUUGUUGAUGUCAUCACCCCAGAAGAGUUUCAGUUCAACUACUUGCACGACCAAUGUUACUCAGAAUGUACCACGUGGCGGCACCCUGAUCAAAUCAGGUGACUAUGAAGAUUCCCAAAAGAAUUUGACUUGCUCCGAGAUUACAAUUCCCAUGCAACUUAGCGCAGGUGGAAUUUCAUCAGCUUUUGCAGGGAAUGUUGUAAAGACAGAAGAGUUUGAUCAGGUUUGGGAACCAAAGAGAGUUGAUACUACACGGCCUGAUGUUUUACUUGCGUCGAGCUGGCUUGACCAAGGCUGUUAUGGGAUUGUUAGAGACACAAGCAGCAUGAGCGAUGCGCUUGCGCUUCUUCUAGGUGGUGACGACACUGGGAACAGUUACAUGACUGUUGGGUCAUCAUCGGGUCAAACACCACGAGGCGUCGGGUCUUGUGGAUGGACUAAUAUGCCUCCUGUUUGGUCGUUGUAACGAAAUGAACCAUAUCACACACUUGAAAUCUUUCUGUAUUUUCAUGCAACUGGCUUACAUGACUUGUGGUUUGUUAUAGUUGAGAGAAGAUUUAUGGACUUGGUAAAAAUAUGGAUUUUCUACACCUGAUUUCUCUUAUGCUUUAAAGCAUUUAUAUACCCAUUUCUUGUUCUUGUUCAUUCCAUCAUACUCCAGCUCUAUUGUUUUUGUUUAGUUUGUAAAAAAGCAAAUCAAAAUAAGAUAUUCCA